ACAGGUCCUCUUACAGAUAUGAAUCAUCCAUUUCAUUUACAUGGUUAUAGUUUCUGCGUAAUGUAUGCUGGUCAAUUUAACAACGCACGUAAUAAAGAUGAUAUAACAAAUGAAGAUGUAGCCCAAGAAAUAAAUGCUCACAUGAAUCGCUUGCAAAGUGGUUAUUAUCAAAAUUGUGCUCCUAAAGAUACUGUAAUCGUACCAAAUACUGGUUUUGUCAUCAUACGAUUUAAAGCAGAUAAUCCAGGCAGAGACGCUGUGCAGCUGUAAGGAUCUGUCAGUGCAUGUUUAACAGCCGGUAAAAGUUGACGAAGAUUGUGACUCCAGGUCACAUUAAUCCCUGUGUGACAAAGACGUUGCUUUUAAUCAUGAUUGAAAAUCGUUUUCUGUGCAAAAUUUAU